AUGUGUCGUGGGGGCCGCAUGUUUGCACCAACCAAGACCUGGCGACGUUGGCACCGCAGAGUGAAUACAACGCAGAAGCGAUAUGCUAUCUGCUCUGCACUGGCUGCCUCAGCCUUACCAGCCCUGGUCAUGUCUAAAGGUUAUCGUAUAGAGGAAGUUCCUGAACUUCCUUUGGUGGUUGAAGAUAAAGUUGAAGGCUACAAGAAGACCAAGGAGGCUGUUUUGUUUCUGAAGAAACUUAAGGCCUGGAAUGAUAUCAAAAAGGUUUACGCCUCUCAGCGAAUGAGAGCUGGCAAAGGCAAAAUGAGAAACCGUCGCCAUAUCCAGCGCAGGGGACCCUGCAUCAUCUAUAAUGAAGACAAUGGUAUCAUCAAGGCCUUCAGAAACAUCCCUGGAAUUACUCUGCUUAAUGUAAGCAAGCUGAACAUUUUGAAACUUGCUCCUGGUGGUCAUGUGGGAUGUUUCUGCAUUUGGACUGAAAGUGCUUUCCGAAAGUUAGAUGAGCUGUACGGCACUUGGCGUAAAGCAGCCUCCCUCAAGAGUAACUACAACCUCCCCAUGCACAAGAUGCUCAAUACAGACCUUAGCAGAAUCUUGAAAAGCCCAGAAAUCCAAAGAGCACUCCGAGCACCAUGCAAGAAGAUUCAUCGCAGAGCUGUUGGCGAUAAGAAGCUGAAGAAGCCUGUGGUGGGAAAAAAGGCUGCAGGAACCAAGAAACCAGCAGCUGAGAAGAAGCCCACAGAAAAGAAACCCACCUCAGAGGAAAAGAAGGCUGCUGCAUAA